AUGUCGCCAUCGCUCGACUCCCUGCCCGAGCCCUCGCUCGUCUUCAGCCGCCUCGACCUGGCGACGGCGACUAGCUUGGCGGCGGUCAGCAAGAGCUGGCGCGCAGGCUGUCACGAACCGCUUUGCGAGCCUCGCUGGCAGUUUUUCCUCCAGUCGCGGUGGGGCGUGGAGGCGACGGACCGCCCGCGCGAGGCGCUCGCGUGGCUCGAGACGGCGGUGCGCAAGGAGAUGGCUUGCUCCUACCGGCGCGGCUUCGAGACCAUGUUCAGCGGUGGUGCUUUUUCGCUCAGCGUGCACGUCGACCACGCACUCCUCGCUGAAUCGGAGCUCUUUGAAUCGGAGCUCUUUUGGGAGGCGCCCGCGCGCAAGCUGCUGCUGUGGCUACCGCUCCACGAGCGGCGCCGGCUCGCCAGCUUCGUGUGCCACGACUCGCACCCUCGCGCCUCGCUCGACCGCGUGCUGCGCGCCUUCCCGCAGGCGGGCUCGCCAAGUCCGCUAGCGGCGCUGCGCGGGCUUCUGCUCCAGUUCCCGUUCCUGCCCAUCGACGCUGGCUCUGGCGCCGACCGCGUGAUCGGCCUGUUUUCAAUGCACUGGCUGAGGGACAACCCAUCCGCCUGGGCGUCGGUCGGCCUCGACGGCGGCUUGCCGCUGCCAGAGGCGCGGCAUACCGUCUACUCGCUCGUGUACGCCACGAUCGUGCUCAACACCGACCUGCACAACCCCGCCGUCAAGACCAAGAUGUCGCGCGCCCAGUUUCUCACCAACUGCCGCGAGGCCCCAUACCUGCAGUUCGUGCCGGAGCGGCUGCUCCUCGAGACGUACGAGUCGAUUCGCACCUCGCCGCUCGCCAUCGCGCCAGGCCCGCGCGGCCGAAGCGUCUCCUCGAUCGUGCGCUCGACGGGCGACGAGGAGAUCGACGUCGCCGCCACCCUCUCCACGCACUCCACCCUCGGCCCAGAGGCCGUCGCGGCCGCCGCGGCCGCCGCGGAGGCGGCGGGGGGUGCGGCGGCGCGCGCGCCCGAGGUGGACUGGGUCGUCGCCUACUACAAUGUCCUCGACAUGCUCCGCUGGGCGCGGGCGCGGGUGGCUCCGCUGCACCUGGCAUCGGUGAUGGCAGUGGCGGUGGUGGCCGCGGUGUCCCUCGCGCUUGCGCCGGCUCUGUUGUCCCCGGCAUCGUGA